AUGGCUGAUCUCAAUACCGAGGCAUUCAGGCAUGCACCACAUCCUCCAUUUGACACACUUGCAUUAUUAGGAUCUACUUGCUACCAAACUCUGCUGUCAAAGCUGAUAAGCAUUUGGGGCGUCACUGACAUCAUGCCCACCUUUCCGGCCAUCAGCCAGGUGCACCAAGAAUUACGCAAAACUGCCAUCCUGUUGUUGCAUCAGCAGGACAAUCCUGAUUUCCCCUCAUUUGCAAAUGACCUUCGCAAGUUUUGCACUAUUACCUUCCAGACUCCCUCUUUGUCACUGCUUCGGUGCUGUUUGCAUGGGUCGACUCCCACGAUCCUUGAUGUGAGUCUUGGGGUGGUCGCAAUGCAGAAGCAGCUCCAGCAAGAAGAACAGACAAUAUUCUUUCCAGGAGGAGCACAAUGUUUAUUGCAGGAGAGAAUGCUUCAAGCUCAGAUGGAAGUUUCUUUAUUUAGCAAUGCUAUUGCAAAUGCAUGUGAAGACCUAGAAGAUAGGUCCCACCCAGAUGAGCACACAGUUGGUCCAAAGAAGCCAGUCACAGUGAAGGCUGUUGAGGAUGUGGGAGCAUGCUUGGCGCCUAGCUUGGUCAGAUUGGGUUCCUUCUGCCCUUUGAAUAACAUCAUAGAGAAAUGCAAUGCAUGGCUCCUUGCAUUACCAUGUUUCCAAGGCGCUACAAAGGUUAUUGCCACCCAGACACUUGACUUCCCACAAACCCUGAAGCCCGAAUACCUCCCAAUUCCCCCAUGCCUCAACAAAAUGCAUAGCUUCAAGGCCAAGGAGUCCAAAAGUCUGGACGUGCUCAGGUCCAAGAUCCACAUCAUGGACCUAAAGAAGCACUGCACACAGACAGAAGUGAAUAUGCUGUCUGAAGCUAUAUCAUGCAUUGCUGAGUCCAAGGGCUCUGACUCAUCUGAUGUUUGCAGUACUUUUCUUCAUAUUCCUUUGACAUUGUAUUGGUAUCCUAAGUUAAUUCCCUGUACUUCGAUAAUGCUUCUACCUCUGAAUACCCUUCACAAUGUCAACAGUUCUGAUGAUUACAAGCUGGGUGCAAAAGCCACGGAACACGCUAGUUUAAUAGAGUCCUCAGAGGACAAUCGUGAGGAACUUGCACCAUUAGAAGAGGUAGAAGAGUUUGCCGCUAGAGGACAUGGAGAAGAUGUUGGAUGGUUAGUUAGAGGUUAG